AUGUCCGAACGAGGCUCGUUCCGAGGGGGCCGUGGCCGCGGCGGCGGAGGUUACGACAGGUCAGGCGGCCGUGGCGCCCACUCCACCCAGCACAGAGGUGGCGGUGCAGGUGGCGGUGCCCAGCAGCAGCAGGAGAAGCCCAAGAAGGAGAACAUUCUUGAUCUCACCAAGUAUAUGGACAAGGAGGUCAAGGUCAAGUUCAACGGUGGCCGAGAUGUCACUGGAACCUUGAAGGGUUACGACCAGCUUAUGAACUUGGUUUUGGACGAUGUCAAGGAAGUUAUGCGUGAUGACGAAGGCAACGAGACUACCCGCUCUCUCGGCCUGAUUGUUGCCCGUGGCACUUUGAUUGUCCUCAUCUCCCCUGCCGAUGGCAGCGAGCAGAUCGCCAAUCCUUUCAUGCAACAGGAAGAGUAA